AAACCCAUCCUCAGGACACAGGCGUUUAGCGCGUGUAGUUGUAACUUGCCUUCUAUGUAACCUCCUCCUUCAUUCCCAAUCACAACUCCCUUCCAAACCCCACACUCUUUUCUUUCUCUCUGAUUUUCUGAGCAACCAAACAACAACAAUGUUUCGUCUAAGCAAUAACUUGGUAGGAAUCCUGAACUUCAUUACAUUCCUGCUCUCAAUCCCCAUCCUGUGGGCAGGGAUCUGGUUAAGAAACAAAGGAGCAUCCGAAUGUGAGAAAUUCCUCGACACUCCAGUUAUAGUUCUUGGUGUCUUCCUCUUAGUUGUCUCACUAGCCGGUCUAAUUGGCGCGUGUUGUGGCGUUUCAUGGCUCCUCUGGGUUUACCUCGUAGUCAUGUUUCUCCUCAUUGUCGUACUCUUCUGCUUCACGAUUUUAACUUUUGUGGUGACCAACAAAGGUGCUGGUAAAGUUUUGUCUGAUAAAGGGUAUAAAGAGUAUAGGCUGGGUGAUUAUUCGAAUUGGUUGCAGAAGAGAGUGACCAGUGGGAAGAAUUGGAGCAAGAUUAAGAGUUGCUUGAUCGAUGCUAAGAUUUGUACUGAUUUUCAACAGAGAUAUUUGAAUGAUUCUCUCACCGUUCUCUAUACUCGCCAUUUAUCUGCUCUUCAGGCUGGCUGCUGUAAGCCACCGGAUAGCUGUGGCUUUAAUUAUCAAAAUCCGACUACUUGGGACAAGACUACAAAUGUCACCUCCGAUCCUGACUGUAAUGCGUGGGAUAAUCAAUCAAAUGUUCUCUGCUUUAACUGCAACUCUUGCAAGGCUGGGCUGCUGGACAACCUCAAGAGUGAUUGGAAGAAGGUGGCUAUUAUCAACAUUAUAUUCCUUGUAUUCCUCAUCAUUGUGUACUCCAUUGGAUGCUGUGCAUUCAGGAACAACAGAAGCGAAAAUGCUUACUUUUCUGGAUGGAAGCACACUUAACUUGGGAGAAUUCUACUAGCGGCCGGCAUGGAUGCAGAAAGUAACGCGUAGGAUUAGUUGUAGGCAGCUUACUUAUGUGCUGCCCACUCUGUUAUAUAUUUAUCCUUUUCCGCUGGUGGUUUCUUGUAUAGCAUGUGUAUGCCUUUCUUUUAGUAUCCUUGUGAACAUAUUGGCUUUCUAUGCCUCAUAUGAUACGGAGUUCAUAUUUUCUAAA